AUGACCAACUCGCAUGGAUACGUCCUCGAGUAUCCUCGCAUUCGAGUUGACCAUUUCGACCAGGCACCUAUCCCGCUGCCCGCUUCGCUUCUUGCACAUCGCCGCACGAUCGCAAAGAGGCCUUCCAGUGCAAGGCAGGAGGUCGAAGCUUUGUCCUUCGUCCCGGAUCAGACCCACUUCGACAAGCCUCUGCUCUAUCUGCUCACGCAUAUUCAUACCGACCAUCUCAAAGGACUGGAUAGACCCGGCAUCACAGCUCCAAUCUACUGCAGUGCCGCCACCAAACAGCUCCUACUCAAGUACGAACGUCAAAAGACACGCAUAGAAAAGGAUCGCGAUGGAACGACCACCAAGCAUAUCGGAGUCGUGCGACCGUACGCUCAUCUCCGCGUCACCGAUGGCCAUGCUACCGCUAGAUCAAAGCUGUCCGGCUACCAGUCGACCAGCCUCGACUUACUUCAUCCUCUGCCGUACAACGUGCCCACGAAGGUGCAAUAUACCCCGACAUCCACUGUCACCUUGACACUGAUUGAAAGCAAUCACAUGUUCGGCGGCACGAUGUUUCUCAUUCAAGGCUCGCAGGGUGCGGUGCUGCAUACAGGCGAUAUGCGGGCAGAGGAAUGGUGGUGCGAAGCUCUUACAAGGAACCCGUUCCUCUCACCUUAUCUGUGCUGGAGCAAGCACAACGCUGCUUCAGAAGCAAUCGACGACGCUCAAUCUGAAAGCUGGGCAGAUCACAUCGAAUCGCUCGGCAGCACCACCUCCUCUUCGUUGCCGAUUGACGAAGCCUCUUCGCAGUCGCAGAUCGAGUCGCAGACCCUAGGCAGUCCACAGCAGAACGGCGGUGAGCAUCUCAAUCCGGUGCUCUCUACCCCUUUAACAAAGAGGAAGGGACCCCACCAGUCUCAGCUGCGUCUUCGCAAUAUCUACCUCGACACCGAGCUGCUCAUGUGCAACCAAAAAGUACCCAGCAAACAGCAAGCCUGCCUCGACAUGGUCGCGCUCAUGCGCAUGUAUCCACCCUCCACCGUCUUCUUUCUCAAUUGCUGGACCUGGGGCUACGAAGACAUGCUCAUCGUCACGGCCAAAGCUUUCGGCUGCAAGAUCCACGUCGACCGCUUCAAGUACAUCAUGUACAAGGCUGCCCGCUCCGAAGCGCCCUUUCUCGCCGACAUUGUCACGCAAGAUGGCAGCAAGACCCGCUUUCACGCUUGCGAGAAGAGGAAUGUCUGUUCUGCCGUCCAAAGCCUUGCAUCUCGCUACUCGGCGAAUGUGGACCCUGCGCUAGCCAAGGAGGCGCUGGCCGCACAUUCGCAGAUGGACAGUAGCAGUCCUGACGCACGUCAGAGAUGGGGUCCGCCGCGAUCGCAGCCGGAUCCUCUGCUUGUCUACAUCAAUCCUGGCCAGAUUGCUGCAGAUCGAUGGCCGGCCAUGUUGCAAGACACAAAACAGCGCCUCGAGGCCGCACAGAGGCAUGAGACCGCCUGGCCAGAAGCGCUUGUCGUGCCCAUCGAACGACACUCGACCUUGCCCGAAUUGCAGAUGUUCGUCGGCCUCUUUAAACCGCGUACCGUAUCGCCCAACACCAUCCUCGAUCCCAAAGGCGGUCUCGAUUACUACCUGCUUCAUCACCUAUUUGGUCACGUCCUCGCUGCCCCUGACGACCGCCAGAAGCUUGUCGACGAAGGGCUGCUCAUGCUUGGCAACAAGACUUGGAGCUUCUACGAGACGCAACUGGCCAGAGCGCGUGAGCAGGCCCAGGCGAGACGCAACGCGGGCGCAGCUGACUCGACCGAAGCCGUCCGAGCUGGAAGUGCGAGUUUGAACGUCAAUGCGGAGAGUGUAGGCGAAAGCAUCGAUGCAUGGCAACUCGAACGCCUGUCCAAGCUGCAUGGUAUCAGCUUCAAAGGUCUGAUGAUGCAAAAGAUGGCCGGCAACCUGGCUGCCAUGCUCGAAAUCGAACGCUGGCGACGCGCAGCAGGGAUCGACGAGCCGCCAGAAGGGCUGGACAACGUGAUCGAAGAUUCCUUGGGCGACACGCAGAGUAAGACGGAUGUCAGCGUGUCCAGUGUCGACUACGAUGCGGACCACAGUCAGUUUGCAGACACUCAAAUUUUGCCAUCAAGAGUCACCUCGCGCAACGGAAGCAGCAAGCUGCACACAGAUGAAGUCGCGGAAGCAUCUUCUGCGCUGAAUGACCAUCCGGCUGCACCUGAUGGCACAUCGCAUGCACAAUCACCAGCCCCACGUCAACUUCCGCAGAUCAUCUCGCCCGCACAAAGCCUUCCCUCUGUGGUUCUGCAGGACUCGCAACCGGGCGAAGACGACGAAUCCCCCACUCCGCUCACCGAAGACCUCGCCAGCCGCUACCUCAACGUGCUCAUCCACCACUUCAACGUCUCGUUCCACCGCACGGACGAGUCGUACGUGGACAUGUGGAAGACCGUCCGCCGUACGAUGGCGGGGGACGCGCAAAAGGUCGAGGAGCACUGGUUCAGAGAGACAGGUGAUCUGCCGCCGUUGUGGAGCUCGCAGGUCGUCGACACUGCCGCUGGCCAACAGGAGUCGGACGACAAAGCAAGCCUUAUGGGUGAGAUUCUUUCGUCGUUCAUCGAUAUGCUCUCACCUGCUCCGCCAGAGGAGGGGUUCGAGGUCGUACCCGUCUCCGCAUCGCAAGACCGGACAGUGGCGCUGCAGCUCAUUCUACGACACCUUGCAAGGCUUGGGCUGCACGAUCCCGUGAUGGCCGAGUCGUCCAUCGGCGUGCAUUCCGACGGUCAAAGCCAUGCGAGCUGCGCGGGUGAUGCGUUCUCCGCCGAAUGGAGGGCGCUUUCUACACCGCUAACCACUCUGACGAGACACCUUGCGGCCGAGCUACGCUGCGAUAACGCCGAGGACGCAGAGCGUGCGCUGUUGAGCCUUCAACUCGCAGGUGUGCUCUUCAGCAACCGACCGCUCAACCGCGCCAUCGACACGUCAGCCAUUCAGCAUCUCCUCGAAUCGAUCAUCAACAUCGUCGGGUCUGCCCCUCGGGACCUGUCGUCUCUGAACAAAGCCCACAAACAGCGCAUCGCACUCUCAUGCGCCGUUCUCCGAGCCGAAGAGCUGGACGAACCCAUCCUUGCGCCCUUCGAACAGCGCCUGCUCACCCUCGUCCAAGAUUCCUCUGGUCCGCUGAUGCGACGCGAGAGCCUGUUGGAUUCCCAAACCGCCCAGUCUGGCCCAUCCCACGUUGCCACAACGCACGGACACUCACAAGUCGAUCAGGAGGCGGAAGAAACGUCAUCCCGACCACCGGCGCCCUCAUCGCCACGACAGCUGGAGGCGACACACGCCGAGACGACCGAUUCGAUCCUCGCCAGCGUCACGGAGCACGAUACGAUUGAAUCCUCCACCUCUGCCGUUGUUGGGACGGAUCCCGUGGUCGAGGCGUCGCAAGCAUCGUCUGCGACGCAGGAGGAGGAUUCGACGCAGAGCGAGGUCGAGUCGCUGCCGCUUGUGCGGGGAGGGAGGAGGGAGAUGGGUCGGACAAUCUCCCUGCCUGCCUUUGCCGGUGGGAGUCGCACGCGCAAAAGAGUGUUCGAAGGGGAGGCACACUCUCGGAGUAGACGCAAACAUGCUUAG